GAGAGACCAUCGUGUGUGGUGGUUGUAUCGUGUCACUCCUCGAAUUUCGCGUGAUAACUUUCGUGAAAAAAACAUUUUUGAAAGAUUUUUCGUGAAACUAAUUUUAAACGGAUGAGUGUGUCUGUGUUGUGUGCAAGUAAUUUAUUAAAACAGUUUUAAAGUGUGAUAAUAUUAAUAUUAAAGCACUAGUGCGUUAUUGGAAUUUUGCAAAGUGAAAAAAGGCAGCGAUUUGGUGGGAUUUUUCACGAUUACAUAAAGGUGUUCUAAGUGAAAGUUACACAACAAAGUGAGUUAAACGAGAAAGUGAUAUAAAGUGUAGGUGAAGUGAAGUGCAGUGAAAUAUGGCCUAGUCCAAGAUGGUGGAGUGGCGCUGUGGUCGCGGCGCGUGACGUUUGAAACAAGAUGGCGGACUCCAGUCCUGCAACAUCCAUCAUCGAAGGGACUGUCAAAUUCCGCGACGGGAAAAAGUGGAAGUCGCGAUGGUGCGUGAUGCGGAAGCUGUCGCCCGUAGCAGAUUGCGUCCACCUCCAGCUCUACAAAGAUAUGAAGGAACGCCAGAAGAAUGGUCAGACCAAAGCCUCACUCUCCCUACAGCAGUACCUUGGUUUCGAAUCCGGUUUCACCCUGGACAAGGAGUCCAAUACCCUGGCAAUCCUCUGCGAAGAUGUAGUGCCAGUGCUUGCGUUUGAUACCAGGGAAAUCCUGAUUCAGUGGCGAGUAAAGGUGCAGCACAACCUGGGCAGCAGUAAAGAGUUCGCAGCAGUCAUCAUAUCCGCACCAAGUACCACCAGCAUAAAGGCAGGUCCUGUGAGGCUGCACGCGUGUGGACCCAGGCUGGCUCUCUGCGCCUCCCGUCCUCCUGAAGUGCUGGCGCUUUGGGACAUCAAGUUAUUGAGGAGGUUCGGAAUGGUAGACAAGCGGUUCUGCGUAGAAGGUGGCUCGAGGUGCGGCAAAGGCGAGGGAUUGUUCGUCUUCGCCGCCGAGGGCGGCAGGGAACUGACUGAGCUCCUGAACAUCUACAGCCAUGAAGCUCAUUCGCGGCUUAGUGUCGCCUCUAGGAGUGGAUCAGUUCUCGACAAAAGGUUCUCUGACACGAGUUCCUGCAUGGACGACUGUUUCCACCAGUCAAUGCGGUCCGUGUCGCCCUCCUGGGGCGGUGCGGCCAGUCAGACCAUGCACUGCCUGUCUGACCUGGACUCCAGUCUCGACAGUGGCGAGGAUAAGUUCAGGAGACCUACGUCUCUGCCCAGAUGUUCUAGCUGCAUUGGGAAGAUCAGCCAUUUGACCAGGUCAUCAACAAUGCACACGCCGGGCUCAAUCAUGUCACCAGUGUGGACGAUGGAGAACAUAUUGGAGAAACGCUCGGAUUCUGAUCGAGCGUCCAUCUACUCUAGAUCAAGUGGCAGUGCCUCCGAGUACUCAGUACCUCGAGGCGCUUGCCUGCUCGACAAGAGCUUCGACUCCAAACGCGCCAGCCCGGUGGCGUGCUGCACGCCCACCGUGCCAGUGAAGACUGGCAACACGUGCCAGUGCUGGCAACAACCCAAACCCUGCUGCUGCAGGAAGAAAACCUUCAAUGGACCUUACGAGAAUUAUGACGUGCCAAAGACGCCUAUGCCUUUAAUACAGGAACAUCCAGUAGACGGCAAUACGGAUGCAGCAAGUUUGUACGACACACCAAAGAAACUGAAAUGUCUUUUGCAGCAGUGCGACUGCUCAAUGAACGAAGCCAAAAACGAUGAAAGCCAAACACUCGAGAACAACAACACUUGUGAUACUAGCGUUAACAACAAUACCGAACACUCCAACUACGUUAAUGUUACCCCGAUGUCCGAAAAAACACAAAUAGAUCUAAGCAAUUACGCGAACAUAGACCGAGCGACGUUAGAAGAGUUUGAAAGUUCGUUGCGUAUACUUCGAAGCGCUGGUUUCAGUCAGGAAGAGUUAGAUGCUUUGGAAGAUAUACCGGAACACGAUGACGACAUAUCCACAGCUACAUCGAACACAGUCCACCCUUCAACAGAAUGCUGUAACGAUCAUAUGAACUACAUGCAUAUGGAACCGUUAGAGAACAGCCUAUCUAGUAACAGUAAAAACUUUUCCGAUAACAUCAGUCGAAUUAGCCACGUAUCAGAUCCAACUCACACUGAUACAGAUAACACGAUUAGUACAAGACGAUCGAGUUCCGCAGACUUUACUAAGAGGCAUGACGAUGACUACAGUAUUAAUAACAGAGUUUGUUUCACACCGACAGUUAUUAGACGAACAUGCAAAAACGAUUGCAUAAACGAGGGUAUACCAGUGAGAAAUAACACACCUGAAUCGUUCGAGAAGGAGAAAGUUUUCAAAUCUCCCGAACCAAAGACGGAUAACAGUUUCGUCGCGAAGUUUAAAGAUGUUGUCAAGAUUCGUAGAUCUUCGAGCGUCCCGAGUAAAUCUGAUAAGAACAGAGAUUCGUCGAGCUCCAACGAUUCAGGAGUUUCGACAGGAUCUCUCAAACAUCAUAAGGGAGAUUUCAAUGAAUUCGAAAUGCCCAUCACGAAUUCCAAAUCGUGUAAGAAGCAUAAGAGCAAAUUGUUCAGGAACACUUUGACGCCAGUGCACGGGCCGUUCACAAAGUCCAACUCUUCGGAUCCGAUGAAAAAUCUGACAUUCCAGUUUGAAGAAGUCUCUAUUAUGGCCAAGUCUAACUCCUGUGAUGUGGACACGCUGACGAGGAGGAAGAAAAGAAUUGGAGAAACGGACACAACAGCGCGUCACAGCCAGAUGACGAACAAAAGCACAUCUUCUGGAGCCUCCGACACAUCCGACUACAUGGAGUCUCUGUCGGUUUCCUCCUUCAGCUCCUGCGACGUGUCCGCAGACCGGCACGUGACGAGGCCGCGCUCAGGGAAGGAGUACGCCAGCAUCGAUAGAACUGCGCUGGUGUGCGACGUUGGACCCGCUUGAAGAACUAAACUUCUUGCCUUAAGGUGCACUAAACGGGCCUAACCGCGAAAUUCCAAUUUUAUUUGGUUUUUCGCAAUUUGUAAACUAAUACGACAAAGUAGGUAGGCUUAUGGCGCCAAUGGCAAUAUCAUCUCCACGGGUUUAUAUAAAAGUUUUUACUUGAAAGUGUCCAGUUUAAGUGGCGCUUUAGAAUGCCAUAAGCCUACUUUGUCUUAUAAGUUUAGAAAUCGCGAAAAACCAAAUUAAAUUUGAAUUUCGCGGGCAUACCCGUGUAGUUAGCCUUAAAUUGGAUUUUUCAAACAAAUCUUGGGAUUUGGAGUAAGUAAGUUGGAGUGGAUCUUGGGAUU